ACCGCCGCCGUCGACAGGGCCGCGUCGGCCGCCGUCGCUGCCGAGUGCCGCAGAAAGCCUGGCCACAGGAUAGGCUGGUCGAAGGGUUGACGCAGAGCGACAUUGCGUCCUGCGAACCUGUCGACGGCUCACCGUAUGUGCUGAGGAGCAUGGGCUAAGGUCCCCAGAGGUCCGGCGGAGAGAGAGCAUGGUGGGAUGCCAGUGGUCGAGGCCUUCUGGCGUCCUCUAAUCAGCGCGCGGUCACUCAGCUUACCAGACGUGACCUCUCUCCGCCGGAUCUCCGCUGACCUUUCCGACGAGAUCUGCCCCGUGUGCGGAAUGCCGUUCGACCAGGGAAUGAAACGAAAAAUCACCGACGCCUGCAGCCAUGAGCGGUGCUACACGUGCAUGACCCAGUACCAGAGCUGCCCGCUGUGCACCAACCAUGGCGCUCCGGCGAAGAAGGCUGGGUUCGCCUCCAAGUCCGGCAGCCUGCUGGGGUCGGCACUGGGCUCGAGUGUCUCCAGCCUCUUCCACGGCCGGCCGAAGAUGAAGACCAACGGACACUUCGCCGCCUUCAUGCAGGCACGACACGACGCAGCCGGGGCGCCGGGCAGGGACUCACUGACCGCGGCCGCCCCUCUGCGAGACAUUGCGAACAGAAGCGGAGGUUUCCUGUCGGCCUCUGCUGGCCGCCAGACCAUGUACACCACGCCCCCGUCCAGCCGGCGGAGAGGCAUGGCUGCCAGUCCCAAACUGCUGCGUCUGGCGGCCCGGCAGAGCCGAACCGCCCGCGCCAAUACCAUUAGUGUGGAUCAUCACACGGCUUUGUCAGCCCUCUGCCCAGAAGACGACGCCAACCGACGCUACAUGCUCACUCGACUGAGCUCGCUGUGGUCCAUGGACACGGACGACGACUGCUGCGGGGUCGGCGGCGUCCCCUCACUCGACCACGCGCCGGAGGACUCGGCCCUGUACGCCCGGCUGGGUCUUCUGCUGGGUCCUGGUGCCGAGACCCGCUCACCCGGCUCGGAGAGGUCGCGCUCCAGCCGCUCGGGCGCUAGCUCCGGUAGGGACUCACGCGGCUCACUGGCACACCUGGACGGCAAGUCGGCCAACACGAGCCCCGUCUCGACACUGACCGGUUCCAGUGAGUCGGAGCUGGCCCACCUCCGCUCCGAGCGCAGUCGCGAGAGUUUCGGCUCUCUGAUGUCCAUGUCCCUGGCGGGAUCCACCACCUCCGCCAGUCCGCUCAUCGCCUCCCGACGAAACUCGAUCGGUGGAGACAGGAGCGUCCCUUCCCCGGCCGGCUCCAGCUCCAGUGACCUGGUGGCUUUCCGGGGUCUGAGAGGCCAGGCCGGCCGUCGCUCAGCACGCUGCCCCCGGGUCACUCCGCCCGUCGAUCUCAAAGCCCGCCUCUCUCCGCCGCGCGGUCAGCCGCUCUCCCUGAAGCCACUGUUUCACGAGGUGCCGCAGCAGGAGCAGGAUCCGCUGUUCCUCGGACGCCGCUGGCUGUUUGCCGAGCUGGCCCGGGUACUGCUCAACUCGCCGAGCCGAGGCUGUGUGCUGGCCGGAGGUGUGGGCACGGGGAAGACGGCUGUGCUGCUACAGAUGGUGGAACACAGCUGCUUCGGUCGACGUGCCGCGCUGCGGGAGGAUGGACUCUAUCAAGAGGCGCACCCUACCGGCCCCGGCCGCCCUCGGGGCUCGCUGGCUGACAGCGGCGUCUUCUCAAACAUCUGCUCCGUGCCGGACGAGCUGCGCGCUCUCGGCAGCCGCGUGGUGGCCUACCACUUCUGUCAGGCGGAUAACAGCGCCACCUGUCUGGUACCGGACCUCGUGCACUCGCUGGCCGCCCAGCUGGUGCAGGCGCCACAGCUGGCGGCCUACCGAGACCACGUCCUCCGCUCGCCAGCGCUGCAGACCGUGCUGGCGCUGCGCUCCUGCGUCACCGAUCCGGCCGCUGCGCUCACCAGGGGUAUUCUGGAGCCGCUGCAGCUGCUCAGGAGGACGGGGCAGCUGGCCGGCGAGACGUGCAUUGUCGUCAUCGAUGCCCUCUGCGAGGCCGAAUACCACAAGCCAGAGUACGGCGACAACGUGUCGUCGUUCCUGGCGCGCCACCUGAUGAAGUUCCCCGGCUGGCUGAAGCUGGUGGUCACCGUGCGCUCUCAGAUGCAGGGCAUCACCAGCAUGCUGCCCUUCCACAAACUGAACAUGGACCGACUGCUGCGCGACUCGGACGAGCUGCAGAAGGACCUCAGCGACUACAUCGCCUUCCGCAUCAACAACUCGCCGUCCAUCACCAGUAGCAUCCAGGUGACGGGCGCCAAGGUGGAGGGAAGCAGCCAGAGCCGCUUCAUCGCCCACCUCACCGAGCUCUCCCGCGGCUCCUUCCUCUUCGUCAAGCUGACGCUGGACCUCAUCGAGCGAGGACACCUGGUCAUGAAGUCAUCCAGCUUCAAAGUUUUGCCCGUCAGCCUCAACGAGAUCUUCCUGCUCAACUUCAACCUCAAGUUCCCGACGCAGAGAUCGUACGAACAGGUGCGUCCGAUCCUGGCCAGCUGUCUGGCCAGUCUGCACCCCAUGAACGCGUACGAGAUCUACCACUCUGCCAACGCCAGCUGCACGUCGACCGCACUCUCCUGGGAGGAGUUCCUGCGCCGCUUCAAGACCCUCUCGGGCUUCCUGGCGCGCAGGAUGGACGACACCUACAUGCUGUUCCACCCGUCUUUCCGCGAGUGGCUGCUGCGCCGCGAGGAAAACGAGAGCCAGAAGUUCUUGCUGGACGUGCGUCAUGGCCACGCCAACAUCGCGCUGCGCAUGAGCCGCCUGGAGGCGCCUCUGGACGCCCAGAAGACCCUCGAGAUGGGACACCACGUGCUCAAAGCGCAUCUCUACAAGAACUCCCGAGACGAGCUGCCGGUGCCGGCACGUGAUCUGCAGGCACUGUGGGUGGCCAAUGCCUCUGCCAACCCCUCUGCGGCGCUGUCGUGCGACCGGAACGCGCACAGUCCCAACGUGAAGGUGUCGACACUGCUGCUGCUGGCCGGCGCCGCUCCGGACACACCCACUCGGCAGCGGGACGGAGCGCCGCUGCUGGGCCACUGCGCCGCAGAGGGCUGCGACGAGAUGCUGCAGCUGCUCCUCAAGUACGGCGCCUCCGUGGACGGCGUGAACGCGCGCGGCCAGACGCCUCUGAUGCUGGCGGCCGUCGGCGGACAGGCCGGAGCUGCUCAGCUUCUGCUGCAGUGCGGCGCGCGCGUGGCUCUACGGGACGCCGCCGGUCGGUGCGCGCUGGUUCACGCCGCUGUGGCCGGUCAUCUGAGUGUGAUCGAGUACCUGCUCUGGUGCGACUGGGCGGCCGGCGGCGGAGACGGCCUCACCAUGGCCGAGGCGGCGCAGCAGGCGCUGGUGGCGGCGGCUGGAAACGGUCACAUCCAGAUUGCCGAGUACCUGCUCGACAUGGAGGAGGUCUCUGUGGACGCCUGCGACUCUCUCCACGGUGAGACUGCUCUCACCAUGGCGGCCGGCGCCGGCCACAAGGCCAUGGUCGAGAUGCUGCUGCGCCGCGGCGCCACUGUCGGCGCGUCCAACUCGCAGGGGGCGCCGCCGCUGCUGGGCGCCGUCCGAGAGGGCCACUGGGACAUCUGCGUGGUGCUGCUGGGUCAGGGAGCGCUCCUGGAGCAGACGGAUGACGCCGGACGGACACCGCUGAUCGUGGCAGCCGGAGAGGGACACAUGGGAGUGCUGGAUCUGCUGCUCUCUAAAGGCGCCUCUCUAAGCCGGUGUGACCGCGAGGGCCUGAGCGCGCUCUCCUGGGCGUGUCUGAAGGGCCAGGCGCGCGUGGUGCGCACUCUCCUGGACUCGGGAGCCGAUAUUCAGCAGGUGGACUCCACGGGGCGGACGCCGCUCGAUCUGGCCGCCUUCUUCGGGGACGCCGAUGUCGUCUCGCUGUUGCUGGACCGCGGGGCCGUGCUGGAACAUGUCGACCUGAAGGGGAUGAGGCCGCUGGACCGCGCCAUCGGCUGCGGGCACGUCAGGGUGGUGCAGUGCUUCCUGAGGAAGGGAGCCAAGCUGGGCGCCGCCACCUGGGCCAUGGCCGACGGCAAGCUGGACAUCAUGUUCACCUUGUUGAACAAGCUGAACGACGAUGGCAUGACGCUGUACAAGAAGUGCCGGAUCCAGGAGGCGGACCACCGCUUCAGCUACGCCCUGAAGAAGUUCCCCGAGUUGAGCUCGCUCUCCGAGCACGAGGAGCUCUUCCGCCGACUGCACGUCAACCUGCUGCUCAACCUGUCACGCUGCAAGCGGAAACUCGGCGAGCACACCAAGUCGGCGGAGCUCGCUACCCAGGCCAUGGCAGUCCGACCGGAGGCCUUCGAACCAUACUUCUUCCGUGCCAAGGCCAAACACGCACAAAAGGAGCUGGAUGCCGCUCUGGCCGACCUGAACGAGGCACUGCGUCUGGCGCCCAGCAGCAGAGAGGUGCACCGCACCCUACUGCAGGUGCGGGAUCAGAUUCAGCACCCGCAGCUGGCGCCGCGUUCCGGCCUGCUGACCUCCAUGGACCCGCUGAUGGCUGCCCAGUGCUGACCGCUGAGCUCAGCCGGUCUGACGUCAGAGAGGGAACGGCGUGACGUCAGAGAGGGGAGACGGUGUGACGUCAGAGAGGGGACGUCGGCGCCGAGUGACGUCAUCCACCAGUGUGCCAAAGAGAAGCAUGAAGGAUAGGGAAAUCAAAAGAAGGAUUCCGGAUAACUGCAUUUAUCUGAUCGAGUUCUUGUAUGAAGGCAGCUCAACGAUGUGACGCAUUUUACCUAUGGUGACGAUUUAUAUUUUGAUGACCCGGUUUGGUUGCUUGUGACUAGCUUGUGUAUGACCCAGCGUGAAGGCUUUGUAUCUGUUUUUGGUUUUGUAGCUUAGGACUUGUUACGGAGAGAGAGGCGCGGCCCGACGGGCCAGGCGUCGCGGGCUGAGAACCCGCGGCAUGUGUGAUAGCCGCCUCUCUGGAAAUUCCGCACCGGAGUUCCUAAGAUAACGACUUUGACGCACUCCAUCUGAAUAUAGUGUCCCACCCGACUGGUGCCGCAAGUGUCGGCGAUCGGAUGCGUGUGUGCGCGCGCGUGCAUGUGUGUUUGCGUGUGUGUUUAUGUAUCACCCGGGCCCUAGGCCGUUCGCUGCUGCCAUUUGUGAACGUGUGUAACAUGUGUGCGCUUCGGAGUGUUUAACGCUAACCGCGCGAUCGGAGAGAGACGGCCCGAGUCGUGGCGGGCUCGGGCGGCCAGCCGGGUCAAUCUAUUUAUCGAGCCGCGCCGGCCGGUGUGUGGACGGCGCGUGCAGUGCCAGUGGACUGGGCAGAGGUGCGCUGACGGCGGCGUCACAUCACGUCACGGAGCGCCCCGUGACGCCGGGGUGUGUGACGCAGCCGCCCGCUCCGGGGACCCGGGGUCGGCUGUCCCGGGUCUUCCUGUGUGUGGGGGCGGGACAGGGGCGAUACGGGGAGGUUUUCACAGAUCAGUACCGCCCCGGUCUCCGGCCUCCCUGUGAUGUGAGCGCCGUGCCGUACAGUGAGCCCUUUAGUUUCCAAUGUAUGGCGUCAAUAAACCCUUUAAAAAUUCA